CUUCUGUUGCACGUUGAUGUUUUUUUGUGUACUAGCUUAACCCACUAGUUUGGCUCACUAGCUUAACCCACUAGUUUAGCUCACUAGCUUAACCCACUAGUUUGGCUCACUAGCUAGUCCGCUGGCCCGACCUGACCGACAGCAGCGAUGUCCGUCACCGAGAUGUUCAGCUACAUUCAGGGCUCCCUGAGCGCCGACCAGGACGUCCGAGAGGAGAUCCGUAAGGUGGUCCAGACGUUGGAGCAGGCUGCCAGGGAAAUCCUAACAGUCCUGCAAAGUGUCCACCAGCCGUCCGGAUUCAAAGAAAUUCCCAGUAAAUGUGCCAAAGCGCGGGAGUUGUUCUGCACGGUCAGGACUCAGCUGGGCGAGCUGAAGACAAAGUUCCCUGUGGAGCAGUACUACAGGUUCCACGAGCACUGGCGCUUCGUCCUGCAGCGUCUGGCGUUCCUCGCCGCCUUCGUCGUGUACCUGGAGACGGAGACGCUGGUGGUCCGGGAGGAAGUGGCCAAGAUACUCGGCAUCCAGGUGGUGAGGGAGAAAGGCUUCCACCUGGACGUGGAGGACUACCUGGCAGGUGUGCUCAUCAUGGCCAGUGAGCUGUCCCGGUUGGCGGUGAACAGCGUGACGGCGGGCGACUACACGCGACCGCUCCGCAUCUCCAACUUCAUCAACGAGCUGGACUCGGGCUUCCGGCUGCUGAACCUGAAGAACGACCCGCUGAGGAAGCGGUACGACGGCCUCAAGUACGACGUGAAGAAGAUCGAGGAGGUGGUGUACGACCUGUCCAUCCGCGGCCUGGCCAAGGACGCGGGGGACAAGUAGCGGCAUCGGGCCCCCGGGGCCGGCCGGGUGCGUGAAUGUAGGAGGGGUGUGGGCGGGACCUGAGGUCCAGUUUGUUCUCAUUGUUUUUUUUAUGCGGAGCUGAUUCUGGAUCAGUUGGUUAGAUCUCGUUACUUUGAUGUUAAAUCUGAGAACUUUUUCUCUGUCUGUUUAAUCACCAAAGAAAAGGAACUGUUUUGGCACCGGGGGAGUUUUUUUUCUGUGGAUUCAGAUUCAUUACUUCUAGUUGUUAACAAACCCAGGAGCCUUGUGAGGGAACAUCAUACCGUUACAUGUGGAUUCCAAUAAACACGUUUUACACCAUUCCAA